AUGUUUGGUGAGAUUAAAGACAAAAUGGAGAAGCAAGAUGCAACGAUAGCCAAGUUAUACCAAACACAGAAUGGAAGUCCGAAUUUGUGUAGGAAUGAUGCUAAUGAUGAUUUCGAUGACGAUUAUAAAGAUGCAUUCAACAAUGACGCCCAGAACUCAAAUUUCAGCAUGGAUAUAUUUAUGAGCGGCAACAUCAAGAUGAAGAUUCCUCUGUUUCAGGGCAAAAAUGAUCCAAAUGUGUAUUUGGAGUGGGAAAAGAAGGUGGAAUUGGUGUUUGAUUGCCAUAAAUAUUCUGAGGAGAAAAAGGUGAAACUAGCAGCAGUGGAAUUUACUAAUUACAUUGUGGUGUGGUGGGAUCGGCUUGUGCUUAGUCGCCGUAGAAAUCGAGAGCGUCUUGUUGACACUUGGGAAGAGAUGAAAGCUGUGGGCCUUACUCAAGGGUCCAAAAGCAUUGAGGAUUAUCACAAAGAGAUGGAGAUCGCAAUGGUUAGGGCGAAUGUGGAAGAGGACAGAGAAGCAACUAUGGCACAGUUUCUGCAUGGCUUAAAUCAUGAUAUAGCUAAUGUGGUAGAGCUGCAGCAUUAUGUAGAAUUAGAAUAUAUGGUGCAUAUGGCGAUGAAAGUAGAACAGCAACUCAAGCGUAAAGGAGCCACCACCAGAACAGGGCAAAAUUCAGGUUCCUCAUCUUCUUGGAAACUGAAUUGGAGCAAAAAGGAAGAAAAUUCUGUUUUUAAGCCUAAAAUUGCAACAUCUAAGGGGCAUGUUGCAUCGCAAUGUCCUAAUAAGCACACGAUGAUCUUGAGAGAAGAUGGAGAAAUUGAAACCGAGGGUGAAUCUGAUGAUGAAUCUAUGCCACCAUUAGAAGAUGCUAAUGAUGGUGUGGAAUAUGCUGUUGAUGGAGAAUUGCUCAUCACCAGGCGAGCUUUGAAUGUGCAAGCCAAAGAAGAUCAUGAAGUACAACGUGACAAUAUUUUUCACACGAGGUGCCAUGUUAAAAACAAGGACUUCAAGGAUGUGUUUCAAGAAGACAUCCCUAAUGGUUUACCAUCAAUAAGAGGAAUUGAGCAUCAGAUUGACUUCAUUCCAGCUGAUGGACAAACAAAAGUGGUUAAUAGGACGUUGUCAACCUUAUUGCGUUCUAUUUUUCAGAAGAACUUGAAGAACUGGGAAGAGUGUUUGCCGCACGUUAAAUUUGCUUAUAAUCGAAACGUCCAUUCAGCAAUUAACUGUUCGCCAUUUGAAGUUGUGUAUGGUUUUAAUCCACUCACUCCUUUAGAUUUAUUGCCUUUACCUAUUGAUGAACAAGCUAGUUUGGAUGGGAAAAAGAAAGCUAAAGUGGUUAGGCAACUGCAUGAGAGGGUGCGACAAAAUAUAGAGCGACGAACUAAGCAGUAUGCAAAACAAGCCAACAAAGGAUGCAAGAAAGUUGUAUUUGAACUUGGAGAUUGGGUUUGGGUGCAUAUGCACAAGGAGCGAGUCCCUGCACAAAGGCGUUCUAAGCUGCAACCAAGAGGCGAUGGACCAUUUCAAGGGAUUGUGAGGAUUAAUGACAACGCAUACAAGUUGGAGCUUCCUGGUGAGUAUAAUGUUAGUGCUACUUUCAAUGUUUCUAAUCUUUCUCCUUUUGAUGUAGGUGACGAUUUAAGGACAAAUCCUUUUGAGGAGAAAGGGAAUGAUGGGAAUCAAGAUGACAGCAUAUCUACCAUGCCAUGUGAUCCAUUACACACCCAAGGAGGUCUAGUCACGCGAGCUAGAGCUAAGAAGAUGCAUGAAGCUUUAAAUGGCCUUAUUGAGUAGAUUUGGGUUGAAAACAACAUACAACAAGCAAAUUGAAGCUUGGAUGAUUAUCAAGGCAUGGUAAACAUCAUUCAGGUUCAAGAGAAGCUUAGUUGAGGUCAUUUGCACAGAAUUACACAGUUUGCAUCAAAAUCGCACAGUUCUGCCACAAUUUGUAGCAAAUUGAUAUUUCAUGUUAUUUUUAGUGAUUUUCACGUUUUUUGUAUUAUUUUUGGGCUGAAAAUUCACUUAUUUGAAGCCCAAUUUGUGGUUAUUAGGUUUAGGACUUAGGGUGUUAAUUUCCUAUUCUGAUUAGGAUUUGUUUUCUCUAUUUAAAAGGCUUGUAACUCUAAUGGGGCAGAGGCAAUUGAAUUUGAGUUUUGAGAGACUUUUCUCUUUGGUUCGUUUCAGAACUUUACAGAACUUAUCAAGAUUAUUCUUGUGGCGUUCUAACCUGACUUAUCAUUCUCGUUCUUAAUUGUUCGAGGGUGUGGCGUCAACCAACUUUCUACCUCUGGUUCUUGUUGCGUCAUAGACAACGGGUCAAGGUUUUUACCUUUGGUUUUUGUUGUGACAUAAACAAUGGGUCAAGGU